UUUAAUUGUGUCAGUAGUAGAAUCUUUCCUGUCGGAUUUAUUAUCAAAGCUAACUUUCCGUUUGGGUGGCAGACUUGUGGAUUCGCUCUGUGGCCGGCCAGCACGUUGCCUACACCCGGCAGUCUUUCCACUCCGCGAGAAUGGAAAAUGAAGCAAAGGAGGCACCUCAGUGUCCCGGGCCGCAUGUGGAAGGUUUCAGAACCUCAGAGUGAGGAGUGCUUCCGUGGAAGGUGGACGUCCCACAGGGCCACCGUGGCUGCUGGGGCUUUGGACAAGUCCCCUUCUUAGUCUGGGCAGGGAUGAAAGUAUUACAGAUAAAAUCGAAAUCCCCUGCGUUAUACCCCGUCCCGCGCUUCCCGACCCGCCUCCUUCCCGACUGUGGCGAGCCCGGGGAGGCUGCUCUGCUCACCGGCGUGAGGACGCGGCGCUCGCUCAGUCUGCGCGGGCUCCGCGGGCGCCCACUCGCUUCGUCUUCGUACUAGCCCGAAGGUAACCCGAAGGGUCUGCGGAACAGCACCACCCAGACUUCCAGAUGAACAACCGGAAGGAAGACAUGGAAAUCGCGUCCCACUACCGGCACCUGCUCCGUGAGCUCAACGAGCAGAGGCAGCAUGGCGUCCUGUGUGACGUGUGCGUCGUGGUGGAGGGCAAGGUCUUUAAGGCCCACAAGAACGUCCUGCUCGGCAGUAGCCGCUACUUCAAGACGCUUUACUGCCAGGUGCAGAAGACGUCGGACCAGGCUACGGUCACACACUUGGACAUCGUCACGGCCCAGGGCUUCAAGGCCAUCAUCGACUUCAUGUACUCGGCCCACCUGGCCCUCACCAGCAGGAAUGUCAUCGAGGUGAUGUCCGCGGCCAGCUUCCUGCAGAUGACGGACAUCGUGCAGGCCUGCCACGACUUCAUCAAGGCCGCGCUGGACAUCAGCAUCAAGCCGGACGCCUCGGACGAGCUUGCGGACUUUGAGAUCAGCGCCCCCCCCGGCAGCGGCACCGACACGCUGAUCUCGGCCGUGAUGGCCGGAAGGAGCAUCUCGCCGUGGCUGGCCCGGCGCACGAGCCCCGCCAAUUCCUCUGGAGACUCGGCCAUCGCCAGCUGCCACGAGGGGAGCAGCAGCUAUGGGAAGGAAGACCAGGAGCCCAAGGCCGACGGUCCUGAUGACAUUGCCUCGCAGCCGCUGUGGCCGGGCGACGUGGGCUACGGGUCUCUGCGGGUCAAGGAAGAGCAGGUUUCGCCGUCUCACUACGGAGGGAGCGAGCUGCCCUCCGCCAGGGACGGCGCGAUGCAGAACCCCUUCUCCGAGCAGGUGGGAGGCGACGGCUGGCAGCCCGCAGGUCGGAGGAAGAAUCGGAAAAACAAGGAGACGGUCCGGCACAUCACGCAGCAGGUGGAGGGCGAUAGCCGGGCCGGCUCCCCUGUGGCCUCUUUCCUUCCAGCGUCCGGGUGGCCGUUCGGCAGCCGAGACUCAAAUGCAGGCUUGACGGUCACCGAAGCCAGUGGCGCCGACAGCGGCGGGGAGAGGGCUGAGCUCUUUGGCCACGUGGACGAGGGUCUCCAGGGUGGAGAAGCCAGCUACCUGGGUCCGCCCCUGACCCCGGAGAAGGAGGAAGCCCUGCAUCAGGCCACUGCGGUGGCCAGCCUGCGAGCAGCUCUCAUGAGCAAGAACAGCCUGCUGUCCCUCAAGGCCGACGUGCUCGGGGACGACAGCUCCCUGCUGCUGGACUACCUGCCCAAAGGCACCCACUCCUUGUCCCUGAACGAGUUCACGGUGAUCAGAAAGAAGUUCAAGUGUCCCUACUGCAGCUUCUCGGCCAUGCACCAGUGCAUCCUCAAGCGGCACAUGCGCUCUCACACCGGCGAGCGGCCCUACCCCUGCGAGAUCUGCGGCAAGAAGUUCACGCGGCGUGAGCACAUGAAGCGGCACACGCUGGUCCACAGCAAGGACAAGAAGUACGUGUGCAAGUUGUGCAGCCGCGUGUUCAUGUCAGCCGCCAGCGUGGGCAUCAAGCAUGGCUCGCGGCGUCACGGCGUCUGUGCUGACUGCGCGGGCCGAGGCGUGGCCGGGCCCCUGGACGGCGGCGGCACUGAGGGCUCCCCCGAGCUGUUCCCUGGCGAUGGGCCCUACCUGGAAGACCCGGACGACCCGCGGGGGGAGGGCGAGGAGGAGCUGUGUGAGGACGAGGACGAGGUGGGCCUGGCCCACGAGGACGCGCUGCUGGUGGCCGAGAAGGAGGACGAGGACUCACCGCGGGGACCCGGCAGCCCCCCGGGCGCGCCCGACAAGGACUUCUCCUGGAUCUCCUAGGCUGCGGGGCGGGGGCCCUGCCAUCCCUCCUGGGGGCGGGGCCGUGGCCGUGCCACCCCUCCACCAUGCGUGUGUGUGCGUGCACAUGUGUGUGCGUGUGUGUGUGUGCGUGUGCACGCGUGUUUGCCUAGGGAUCUGCUCUCGCCUGGGGCCGGACCACGCUGACCCCCCUUUGUUCUGCUCCUGCCCCCAGACACACACGGAAGCCCGCGGGCUCUGAGGCAGGCAUGACCCCAGCGAGUUGGGGCUCCGGGACCGAACAGGACGUUGGGGGGCACAGGGUGGGUUUGAGCAGAGGGAGAGUACACGUUCCCUCGUGUCUGCAGGGACGAAGGGAGGGUCCCCGGCAGGUAUGUGUGGCUAGGGCAUUAAGGGAGCCCAUGUGGCCAGCCGGGCCUUAGGACGCACGAUGGCCCGAUGACCAGGUCACGGUCGGGACUGGUCGGGGUCCUGAGCGUCGUCCCUGAGGCCACAGGUCCAAGGGACGUUAAGGAAGGUGUUGCAUACAUCCGAUGUCCAGUGCUGGAGUCCCCCACCCCACCCCGCUCUGCUCGCCCUUUCUCAGCAGCCUGGUCACUGCCUACGGCCACGGUCGUGGCCAUUCCUCACGGAACUCAGGCCCAGUGUCCAGGAAGCCCCGGGGCCCUCCCGCCUCUGGGCUUUGGUGCUUCCCAUCGAACAGCUGCAGAAGCCCCGGCCAGGGCCGAGGUCUCCCAGGUGCUAUCUUCCCGUGGAGGCGGCCGGGUGGGGACCGACGUGCCACGCUCCUCUGGUGCAGGGCUCGGAGCUCCCCGCUGCCGGCCACUCCGGUCCCUUCGGGGCGCCCGGGCUCU